CUCCAUGGUCAGAAUGCCCUGGUCUGAGCAAGUUCUUGAAGUCUUUUUCUACCUACUUAUGUCUUUUCUGUCCUCGCAUUUUGCUUUUCAGUUUAGUUUGAAACAGAUUGUUGGAGUUGGAAAAAACAUUCUUCAGUUCUAGAUUACUACAUUUUACACAUGGAAAACCUUAAACAAGGAAAGUAAAGGCCUUCAUAAAUUUAAAAAUAGUAAAAAGAAGAAAAAAAUUAAAAAGGAAGACGAGAAAAAACAAACCUUUCUUCAAGGUGUACCUUCUUAAUUCCCGCUGGGAAUUGCUUUUCAGAGGCUGUCAACAGCUCCAUUUGGGCACAGUGCCUGUCACAGAAAUUAUUUACAAAAGCCAAGACAGAAUCAUCCUACAUGCUGAUUGACAGAUGUCUGCAUAAAGAAACUGUGAUAUAUGUACUCAAGGGAAUACUACUCAGUUAAUCAAAAGGAUUAAAUUCUGCCCUUCAUGACAAUAUGGUUGGAACAUGAGGUGAUUAUGCUAAGUAAAUGUACAACGACUUCUGCCUAAUGAGUGAAGCAUGCCUGAGGCUUGCAGAAAGAGGAUCUAGGAAUGCAUCACCCUGUAUCAUCCUGCCACUGGCUUGCUUGAAGUAAGAUGAAUUUUCUCCCUAUAUUCCCAAGGAAUGUACCAGUGCAUGAAAAGAUUGAAGGAGAGACUUGGAAAGUCUUCAGAGGAAGCCAAAGAUGGCAAUCUGACAAGCAAAGGGAACAUUUUGAAAUCGAGAGUAAAGAUCAACAGAGGAAACUAUAUAAAUGAUGAGUUAACAUGGAGAAACUGUCUUUGCCUAAAAUAGUGAUGUGGAAUUUUUCUUAAUAGCAUAUACCUGAGCUUUCAGAAUAGUUUCAGGAACCAAACACAUGGUUGAAGAUGAGCUAUAAAUUGUCCUCCAUGAAACUCAACCAAAUCCUAGAAAGGUUCAUGAGUAAAAUGAAGUCAUUGGAAUGGGCUCUAAUCCAGAAAGAAUGGGCCCUUGUAAGUAGAAACUUGGGCAGAAGACAGAUAUGUACAAAGGGAGAAUGCCAUAUAAACUGAAGGCAAAAUUGAUGCAUACAUCUCAAAAUCAAAGGGCACCAAAGAUUGUCAGAAAACCAUCAUAAAUUGAAAGAAAAGCAUGGAAUAGACUCUCUCUCACAGCCUUCUGAAGGAACCAACCAUGUGCACACCUCCUGGAUUUCUAAUCUCCAGAGCAGUUGUGACUACAUUGAGCUUGAGGCAUUUGCUUCAGGUGCAAGAAUUAACUGGAUGUCAAAAAGAACUGUGGAGAGCUUUUGUCUGGCAUUUUCCUAAAGGAGAGUGGGAGCUGUGGACACCGUUGCAAUUCUAGCAGAGAGCAACUUGUAAUGGAACCUUCACGUCUUGAAUUACCAGCUGACACAUUGCAACGCAUAGCGUCUGAGCUUAGAUGCCACAUGACAGAUGAGCGGGUCGCCCUGCGCCUUGAUGAAGAAGAUAAGCUGAGACACUUCAGGGAGCAUUUUCAUAUUCCCAAAGUGCAGGAUCUACCUUCAAUUGACCUAUCUUUAGUGAAUAAGGAUGAAAACUCCAUCUACUUCUUGGGAAAUUCUCAUGGACUUCAACCAAAGUUGGUUAAAACAUAUCUGGAUGAAGAACUAGAUAAGUGGGCCAAAAUGGGCGCAUAUGGUCAUGACAGAGGGAAACGCCCUUGGAUUACAGGAGAUGAGACUAUUGCAGGUCUUAUGACUGACAUUGUAGGAGCCAGUGAGAAAGAAAUAGUCCUAAUGAAUGCUUUGACUGUUAAUUUACAUCUUCUACUGUUAUCAUUUUUUAAGCCGACACCAAAACGGUAUAAAAUUCUUCUAGAAGCUAAAGCCUUCCCUUCAGAUCAUUAUGCUGUUGAAUCACAGCUUCAACUUCAUGGACUAAAUGUUGAAAAGAGCAUGCGCCUCAUCAAGCCAAGAGAGGGAGAAGAAACUUUGAGAAUGGAGGAUAUCCUUGAAAUAAUUGAGAAGGAAGGAGACUCGAUUGCAGUGAUCCUGUUUUGUGGGGUACAUUUUUAUACUGGACAGCUCUUUAAUAUCCCUGCCAUCACCAAAGCUGGACAAGCAAAGGGUUGUUUUGUUGGCUUUGAUCUAGCACAUGCAGUUGGAAAUGUUGAACUCCACUUACACGACUGGGGAGUUGAUUUUGCAUGCUGGUGCUCCUACAAGUAUCUAAAUUCAGGAGCAGGAGGUCUUGCUGGUGCCUUUGUCCAUGAAAAGCAUGUCCAUACGAUUAAACCUGCGUUAGUGGGAUGGUUUAGCCAUGAACUGAAGACCAGAUUUAAAAUGGAUAACAAACUGCAGUUAAUUCCUGGGGCCAACGGAUUUCGAAUUUCAAAUCCUCCCAUUUUGUUGGUCUGUCCUUUACAUGCUAGUUUAGAGAUAUUUAAGCAAGCAACUAUGAAAGCAUUAAGGAGAAAAUCUAUUUUGCUAACUGGUUAUCUGGAAUACUUGCUCAAGCACUACUUUAGCAAAGAUAAAGCAGACACCAAGAAACCGUUUGUGACUAUAAUUACUCCAGCUCGCAUAGAUGAUCGUGGCUGCCAGUUAACACUAACAUUUUCUGUUCCAACAAAAAAUGUUUAUGAAGAACUAGAAAAAAGAGGAGUUGUUUGUGACAAGCGGGAACCAAAUGGCAUCCGAGUGGCUCCAGUUCCUCUCUACAAUUCUUUCCAUGAUGUUUACAAGUUUAUUAAUCUGCUUACUUCAGCACUUGACUCUGUAGCAACAAAAUAGAGUAGUGUUUUCUAGAAUAAAUUUUGCAAAUAAUACUGAAAUGCACUGCAGUUAAUUUAUUAUUCAAGCUUUAAUUAUUAGAAGUAUUUAAAAACUGAUUGCACAUAACUAGAAGUGAAUUUUACACUCUAUAAAAAAACUGGUUUUAAUUUUCUAAGAAUCUAUGGUCCCAACGUACCCACUGGGCUGUCCACUGUCUUGAUGUUUGGGGGAUCAAAUUCUUGUGUGUGCAAGUAUUACACACACAAUCUUAAUUAGCUGUCAUAUUUCAUG